CUGUCACUGUGUGUGGAUUGGUGUUGACCGGACGGGGCUGUUCCUCCCUGGGUAGCUCUAUGUAGGGAUUGGAGUUCCCAGGCCUGGCCCAGGAGCCUCCCCCUUGUGACACACUUACAGGGCUGCAUUGGCAACAUGACUUUCACUGCUCUCCAAGGACAGCUGUCUGAUGCACCUUCAGGAAAAACGAACAAACAUGGAGGCCUUAGGAGUCCAAGUGCACAGACCCUGCUCCUUUUACACUAACCACCUUAAUCCGUUAGACCAGAAAUGCUCGUCUUCCAAGCCCCCGUUGGGCUCUUCCGCCAUGACAUCACGAAUCCUGCUGCGGCAGCAGUUGAUGCGAGAGCAGCUCCAGGAGCAGGAGCGGCGGGAGCAGCAGAGACGUCAGGCCUCCUCCACCUCGUUGCACCACCAGACCACCGACGGCCACAUCCACACCCAGACCCCAGCCAUCAACGUCAGCGCGCCCCCCAGCCUUCCCCCCGCAUCCCAGCUGCCCAUGGAGGUGCUGAAGGUGCAGACUCACCUGGAGAACCCCACCAAGUACCACAUCCAGCAGGCCCAGCAGCAGCAGGUGAAGCGCUACCUGGGCAAGCUUGGCUCCCUGCCCUGCCCCAACCAGUCCUCUGACCACAGGGGCAUGGCUCUGGGGCCGGGCAACAGUGCCCCCAACAGCCCUAUGGCCUUACUCACCCUCAACAUCAACUGUGAGAAAGAGAUGGAUGAUGUCAUUGAUGACAUAAUUAGUCUGGAAUCGAGUUAUAACGACGAUAUCCUUGGAUUAAUGGACCCAGGGCUUCAGAUGGCCAAUACGAUCGCUGUCAACACUAAUCUCUUGGACAUUUAUGGUAACCAGGGCAUGCCCCCUCCAGGCCUGGCCAUCAACUCCUGCCCUGCCAACCUGCCCAACAUCAAAAGGGAAUACUCAGUUUCCCAAUCUCCAGCCAUCAUGCAAAUGCUGGACAAGUCUGGAUCGUGUAGCAAGUUUGAGAACUAUCAAAGGCCUGAAGGGUUUCCUGUAGAAGCAGAGGUCAGGGCAAUGGCAAAGGAACGACAGAAGAAGGAUAACCAUAAUUUGAUUGAGAGAAGACGGAGGUUUAACAUCAACGACCGGAUCAAAGAAUUGGGGACCAUGAUUCCUAAAUCAAAUGAUCCGGAUAUGCGUUGGAACAAAGGCACCAUUCUCAAGGCAUCAGUGGACUACAUCAGGAAGCUACAGAGGGAGCAGCAGAGGGCCAAAGAGCUGGAGAACAGGCAGAAGAAGCUGGAGCACGCCAAUAGACACCUGAUGCUGCGGAUACAGGAGUUGGAGAUGCAAGCUCGUGCCCAUGGUCUGACCACAGACACAUCUGCCCUCUGCUCAACUGAGCUCUCAGCCCGAGGCAUCAAGCAGGAGCCAGCCCUGGGAGACUGCCACCAGGAUCUGUACCAUGUCCACUCUCAGCACCAACACCACCCAGCCUGCACUCCAGACCAGGUUCAGUACACCACCUUGGAGCUCAACGAUGGAGCAUCUCCCUACACCAAGGGCCACGGGGGAGUCUCAGGUGACCAGAGGCCUUACGGCGGUCAUCUUAAGGGGGCCUUGAUGGACAUCCUGAUGGACGACACCUUGUCCCCUGUGAGAGGGGGAGACCCCCUGCUUUCCUCUGUCUCGCCCGGGGCUUCUAAGGACAGCAGCUGCUCAGGCAGCAAAAGCAUGGAAGAGAACGACCAGAGCUGUUAGCACUCACUGCUGCCCACUCCACUCACCUGCAUCUUUAUCUCCACCCCUUCAACCUGUUCUGUGUUGUGUUGAGGCCUCCUCAGACGUCUCCCGUCAGUAGCUAUCUUCAGCCAACUGCUGGUUAGUUCGUUUGUUUUCAGGUGUUUACACAUAUUACAUUUUUCAUUGUUAUUCUUUUGUUUGUUUAUUAUAUGGUAUCAUUGGGUUCUGAAAGCCGUCAAACUGAAUUUAGUUCAGUUUCGAUUAUAAAUUACAUUUUAAUAGAUCAUGCUCUGAUUUUAUCUAUACUUUUAUGACAAUGAGUCAGGGAGCGAUAUCUCACACAUACUGUACCUGUGUAUAGUCAUCAUGGUAUAGGGCAGGCUUAUAACAGUUAUAUGUACAUAGUUAUAAAACCCUGAUUAUAGUGUGACACAGUCACACUACUUGCUUUAUAGCAUGUCUAUUCAGCGCAAUAUGACAGAAGCGAUAAUACAUUAUUUUGAUUACUUUUGUUUGUGCUUUACUUUUGUGCUUUUGAACUUGAAUGAGAUAACGUCUUAGUCAGGAGAUUUGUAAACAUUUCACAUAUAGCACAGAACAUACCAAUAUUGGUAGAAAUGCAACAUUGAUUUCCAUACAGGCACAUUUGGUUUAUGAAAAUAAGAUUGACUUGUCCAUUUUCUAAAUUAUUAUUGUUUUGUUGUACACUUAGGAUUUGCCUGUCCAUCCAUUUCGUGUUUAAGAGAUAUUCAGGAUAUUUUUUUCAAUUAUGUGAAUGUUUAUAUUGCUAGGAAUAUAAGGAGAUGUACAUGUAUAAAGUUGUUUAAACACUGGAAUGACUUCCAUAAUUUUUUUUUUUUUAAUAUAUAUAUUUACUAACGAUUAUAUUUAGGUUUUUCAAACUAUUGAUUGUAGUUAAAACUAUAAGCUGUACUGUUAAUGUAUAUUUCUACUGUUUAACAACUGUAGCAAAGUACUUAAAUAUGCCUUUGAUAAUAACUAUCUACUGUACAUUACACCACUGUAUUGAGAACAUGGUUACAGUGCACCCUCAAGUCUGUGGAACUAUGCAAUGAUUACAGUCGUGCCUGUUUUACACAGAAGACAGACACAUUAGGCUGGUCAUAUAAUAUGUUGUAAUGAUUAGUAAGAAGCACCUAGCAGAAUGAUUUACAUUGAAGUGAAGUGCCUUACUGUUAGUUUUUUGUUUUCCACAGAUCUAGGAAGACUACUAGACACUGGUUUGUUGUUCUUGUUUCUGGUGUUUGGUUCUUCAUGUAUGAAGUGUUGAGCUGCAAGGUCCCUACAGGAAGCAGUAGGGAAGGGCCUAUUGUCAGACAGAGUAGAAAACCAUGUUACGGGCCUCCAAAGUCUCUCUAGGCCAUCCAUUUUGUUUGGGAUGUUUUUGAUGCUAGAGUUCUGUUUUGAGGUCAGAAUUCCACUCGGAGGGCAAUAAUCAAAUCAUUGCUUUA